AUGGAUUCCGAGCCACUAUUUGGUACUUUAUUGCUUUUACUUUGGAAAAAUGUCACAAUUGUCCGACAUCCAGUGUGGAUAUUCCGCGUCCUCGGCGCAAUAAGUUAUCUAUGGCAGGGACCGGAAAUGCUUCGCAAAGCAUAUAUGAAAGGAGUUCCAUUUGCAGUUCGAACGCCAGAGACAUACUACGUCCAUCUCUCGUCCCAGAUGCAUAUUAAAGAACUGACGGAAGCAUCGGAUAAAUACAUGUCAUUACAUGCACUUUCUAAAGAUAAAGUCACAAUCAUCAAGAACUGCGUUGUGCCUAUUGAUUAUAACUUCGCUAACAAUGUUCGGCAGAUGUUCCAGCCAAAGUACACAAUGGACGGUCUUGAAGUUGACGAUCGAAUGAGUGCAAAUGGCAGCAUACACUCACUUGCUCUUCAAAUAAAUUUGCGGGCUAAUCUUCUAAGACUACAAUCCCCAGUUCAGGAGCGCAUUGCGGCCUUAUUUACAGAAGAGCUCAAGUCAGCCUCCUUAAACCCAGAUGGGUGGAAGUCCUUACAGACUUUCCCGGUGGCAAAGCGUCUGGUAACUGCUGCUAAUAGCCUGGUUUUCUUCGGGAAAGAACUCUCCUAUGACACUGAGUUCUUGAAAGCUGCAUUGGACUAUCCCGAAGAUCUGAUGGUGACAGCUGAGGCAUUACGAUUUAUUCCAGUUUAUUUUGCACCUUUUGCCGCACGCUACUUAAUGCGUGGUUAUAAAGCAUCGAGAACACUGGUUGAGCGCUUAACGCCUGUCGUUGAGGAGCGGCUCGUUUCCAGUGAUAACAUACAGAAACCGGCGGAUUGCAUUCAAUUUUUCAUAGAUGCAAGCCUGAAACAGAGGGCUGGAGAAAAGCCAUGGACCGCACAGAAAAUUGUCCAAGUCCUUCUUGGUGUCUGGUUUGCGGCCGUACAUCAACCUGCCAUGUGCCUUGUAUACGCUUUGGAUGAUCUCUGCGUUCAAGGGAGGAAGUGUCCGCAAUACAUCGACCAACUUCGAACGGAUGUAAAGGAUGCUGUGUUGAUGGAAGGGGACGCGUUCGACGUAGACAAGAUACCAUCAUUGGACAGCUUCUUAAAGGAGUCAGCACGGCUAAAACCGACAGAUUCCAUCUCAGUGCGACGCAAGGUUUUACAACCAUUUACAUUUUCCAAUGGGACGCGUUUGAUGAAAGACGACGUUGCAUGUGUGCCCUUGCAAUGCAUUUUAACAGACCCAAGUAUCUACCAGGAUCCGUUGAAGUUCGACCCUUACCGGUUUAUGAGGGCCAAUAGUAACAAUAAUAGCGAAGACGAAGAGGCCAAAAUUCGGGCAAAGCAAGAAGCCAAGCCAUUGCCACGCAAUCCGCGAUUCACCGAUACAAGUACACAAUAUCCCCUAUGGGGCCUUGGAAAGCAUGCCUGGUAA